AUGUCUGGAAGAGGAAAGGGCGGUGGGAAAGGUCGCGCCAAGGCGAAGUCUCGGUCGUCCCGGGCUGGCCUGCAGUUCCCGGUGGGCCGUGUUCACAGGCUCCUGAGAAAGGGCAACUAUGCUGAGCGUGUGGGUGCCGGAGCGCCGGUCUAUUUGGCUGCGGUGCUGGAGUAUCUGACGGCUGAAAUCCUGGAGCUGGCCGGCAACGCGGCCCGGGACAACAAGAAGACCCGCAUCAUCCCCAGGCACCUGCAGCUGGCCGUGCGCAACGACGAGGAGCUCAACAAGCUGCUGGGAGGGGUGACCAUCGCUCAGGGCGGGGUGCUGCCUAAUAUCCAGGCCGUGCUGCUGCCCAAGAAAACUUCCGCUGCUGGAUCUGCCAAAAAGUGAAGAGACCGUUCUUGAAUCUGACAAACCAAAGGCUCUUUUAAGAGCCACUCACUGCAUCGAUAAAAGGAGCUGAACUUUGUCGGAUUGAUUAUUUUCCUUUUAAUGUGGAGAGUGCUCGCUUUUGUACUGGACGUCGAUAAAUUCCACGCUACAUUUAAUUGGAUGUUGUUUUUUAUGGGGAAAAAACAAGGACAACAGAUGUUGGAAACCAGACUCUAGAUGUGUGGUGCUGGAAAAGCACAGCAGUUCAGGCAGCGUCCGAGGAGCAGGAAAAUCGACGUUUCGGGCAAAAUCCCUUCAUCAGACUGUAUAAGCAGAGAAAGUAUUUAUCACAAAAUGCGAUUGUAAGUGUAUCCUAGACUACAGGAUUUCUUAUUGAACGGUCACUGCCUGAGUGAUCUCUGUCUUCACGUAGUGUCCUAUCAGUUAUAGAAUGGCGGCACGAACGUCCCCAAUCGGGUUUGACCUCACAUUAGAUUCGCAUUUCCUUUUAAGUGCAGUAGGAAGAGCUGAGUUGACGCGGUGCAGUAACGGGUCAGUUGCUUCAGGAUACAGUAAGGGAACGGUUCCUGACCCUCUGCGCUUUAUUGUCUGCUCGGUUCAUGUGCAGUCUUUUAUCCCCUGCCUUUGGGGAGACAGCGAGAGAGAGAGAGAGCAGAUUGAUCACCAGUGAGGCACUUUUCAGCUGUAAAGACGGGAAUGGGGUAAAGUGAAAUUGUCUGAACUUUAAUUUCGUAAUCGAAAAAGCAGUCAACGUGUACGUGCUCAUAUAUUCUCUUCUGUAAAACUUGGUGCCCUUUUAUACGUGUUGGUGGGCAUUUUCAAAUUUGAAAAUAAGCCGUUGAACUCUUGGCGCCAUUUUUUCCCUUUCUCGCCUGCCAUGUUGACGGAAAGGGAGUCAAUGAGGAGAUUUUUUUCCCCACAAAUAUCUAACCCUAUACCGAAGCUUAAUGUUGAGGUCACUUUUUUAUUACUAUGUUUCUAAAAUUAAAUUCCGCGUUCCUUGACUGAAGAUCUCAUUAGUUGCAAAUUUAUUGCCGUUUUUGUUUUUAAACUAACUUCCGGUAGAAAUACUAAUUGACUGUUAGAAUAAUCAACUGAAAAUAUACAUUGGGGAAAAAAAAUCACUUAAUUUUUGCUAUAAAUUGUUACGAUGAAGGAGCGUCGCUCCGAAAACCUUUGUGCUUCCAAUUAAACCUGUUGGACUAUAACCUGCUGUUGUGAUUUUUAACUGAACAC